AUGUCAACUAUUGGGAAAAGUUUAACAAAUAUAGAAUUGCCACAAAAUCAAGCACAUAUACAAUCAACAGAAUUAACAACUAGCUCCAAAAAUACUUCCAACGAUGUAAAUUUUCCCAUUAAAUUGAUUGAUUGGUCAGUAGAAGGUUUCACUUAUGAUAACGAAAAAAUAACAACACCAAUAUUAUUACAAGAAAAAAAUGGUCCAUGUCCAUUAAUUGCAUUAGUUAAUACAAUUUUAUUACAAUUUAAUUUUAAAAUUUUACAAUUUGAUCAAGGUAUAUUAUCAACAUCUGAAAAUCAAUACAGGGGUUUAAAAAAUUUAGAAAGUUUAUUGUUGAAAAACUAUAACACUUCCAAAAAGAUAAGUUUAAAUGAUAUUUUAUCAUCUAUUGGAGAUUUAUUAUUAAUUUAUGCAGAAGAAGAUAAUUCUUUAGAACCAGAAAUUAUUGAUCAAUUAUUAUUACAAUUACCUAAAUUACAUACUGGAUUAGAUGUAAAUCCAAAUUUAAUUACCGGUGAUUUUGAAUUAAAUUUAGCUAGUACUUUAUUUCAUAUUUUUGGAUUAGUUUUUAAACAUGGUUGGGUUAUUGGUGAAGAAACAAAGUUAAUACUGGAUGAUGAUGAUAAUGAAGAAAAAGAUAAUGACUACAAAUUACAUUGCAUUAUGAAUGAAUUAAAAACAUUUGAUAAAAUUCAAGAUUAUUUAUUUCUAGAACACCCCAAUCAAUCAGUCGUACUUAAUCAGGAAUUAAUUAGAAAUUGGUUAGAUUUAAAUUGUACACAAUUAACAGAUCAAGGUUUAAAAAAAUUAGAUUUGCUAUUAGAAUCAUCACAAUUUAUAAUUUUUUUUAGAAAUAAUCAUUUUAAUACCCUUUUUAAAAAAUCAUCAAUGGAAUUUUAUUUAUUAGUUACAGAUUCAAAUUUUUCAGACCUGAAAAAUAAAACAAAUAAAUUAAUUUGGCAAAGUUUAAAUUCAAUAAAUGGUGAAAACGAUUUAUUUUUUACUGGUGAUUUUAUGCCUGUUUUAGAUAUUGAUCAAGAUUUAGGAGGAGUUAAUGAAGAAGGUAAUAAUGCCUAUAAUGAUCAUUUAAAUUCUGAUUUAUUAUUGACUAGACAAUUACAGGAAGAAGAAGAUGCUAAUUUAGCUAGAUCAAUGCAAAAUCAUUAUAAGAAAAAGGAAAAAAAACAUUCUCAAAAUAUCAAGCAAGUUGAAAAUAACAAACCACAAAGGGCAUUACCUAAUGAAGUAAAUACUAAAACGAAAACACCUACAGAAAUAAAUACAAGUAAAAAAGAACCAGCAACUGAAAAACCAAAGAAGAAGAAAUUAUUUAGUUUUUUCAGUAAAUAA